AUGCCGCCCGAAUCGCAGCUUAGCCCUUUGUCUCUUUUACCUGUUGCAGCGAUGUUCUCGAAACUUACUUUGUGCUGGGCUGCUCUGCCACUUGCUGCCGCAUUUCUCCCGGCACUGCAGCUGGACGACGAAUGCCAAACAGGCGAGUGCGCGCUGGAAGCUCUGCAACUGAAAGGCGGCCUCGUGGAGGACGCAGAUACAGAUAGCAGCUGCGAGGAUAGUACUGGUGGUGCCUGCAUGGACGACGUCAUGUGGGCGAAGAACGAAGGGAUUCGCAGCCAUCCGGACUGGUACCCCGGCCUCUCACAAGGUUCCAGCUUGCCAGAAUUCCAAUGCCAAGUAUACAAGGCCAACCCUGCCAAGUGCCCAAAGCCGUGCAGUGUUUCCUGCGCUGGGCCCGUGGCACAGCCCAAUCGAUCGCCCACCGUUGUUGCUCCGAGCUGCGCGGGCAAGGAGCAGCAAGAUGCUUGCCUCUGCGUCUUUGACAUUGAUCGAACUCUAACCUCCAAGCAGGGCCAGAGUGAUGUCUGCCCUGGUUCCAGUGCGUCAGAUGGAAUUGUCGACACCGCCUAUGGAGGUGGCGAUUUGGUGUUGUCCGCUUUGGCAGCUGCACGAAUCGCCGGCACUUUCUGCCAGAAGUGCUACCUGGGCAUUUGCUCUCACGGCGAUGGCAGCGGGGCCAACUCUCGGGAACGCGAGGAGCUCUUGCACCAGGUCUUGCGGAGCGAUGCAAUGGAUAAGUUCCAGAUGAAGCCGCAGAACGCGGCAUGGAGUGACAUGAAGCUCCUGUCGCCCUACGUCGUCUCGCAACCAGACGGACGAAAGCAGGAUGCUGUCGCUCAGAUUUUGGAGUGGUAUGCAUCUCAACAAGUGUGCAUUCCGAAGAGCAACACGUACUUCUUCGAUGAUAAGGACGCCAACAUCCUUCCCUUCCGAGGAACUGGGAUGAACGCCCAUCAAAUCUCCUGCGAUUCUAGAGAUCCUCAGCUUGGCUGGGGUGAGGUCGGUUUCUGCGGCGCAACACUCCCAGAGAUCAGAGACCAGAAGGGCGUGACGGUUUGCAAGAUCGACUGCAAAUGGUCGGACUGGUCUGCCUGGGGCGGUUGCUCGAAAAGCUGUGGCGGCGGAUCCAGGCAGCGAAAUCGGAGAAUAAUCAUCAAGACAAGGAACGGCGGGCAGGACUGCCCUGGCAGCGCAUUGGACCACCAGGAGUGCAAUGCGGAGGCUUGCCCCACAACGACAACUACCACGACGACUACAACGACAACGACGACGACGACCGAGUCUGCGGCGGCUGCAGAUGCGACCCCACAGGCAGAUGACGAAGAGGAGGCCUCAUAA